GUCAAACAGCUGUUCAUUGUUUGGUUUUUUAGUUUUUACAAAAUUGUUUUUCGUCUUUCUUAUAUAAACUAACUUUGUGCUGUCCCGCUUCCUCUAAAGAUGCUAAAUUCGUGGUGAAAUCAAUUCCUGCGGAACUAAGUUCAUCUGGCUGGGCUGCACCUGCGCAGGCGUGUGAAAUGUUCAUCACUUCCUCUCGGCUUUUUCAGUCCUGACUUUUGUACUUUCUCUCUCGGGGAGAUUGGGUGCGAAAUGUUGGCUCCCCUGGGCUUCAGCUGUCCGCGCUGUCUGCUCCUGAGACGUGGAGCAGGGCGCUUGGCCUUUGGCUAUCUUGCCCGCCAGUUGGCCGGGAGCAGCUCCAAAGACACCGCCGCCAGCAAGGACACAGCUUCUUCCAAUUCCACGGGAAACAAGGAUAUAGCCGCCAAUAACAAAUCUAGCAGAGAGACUAUCACCGCCAAAGAUAACUCAAAGGGAAAGAAGUCCAUCAAGGAUAUCGAGCUACCCCCCGAGCCCACCACCUGCUGCAUGUCUGGUUGCGCCAAUUGCGUUUGGCUGGACUAUGCCCAGACUCUGGCCAAGCUUCUGGGGGAUAACGAUGAAGCGGCCCGAGAGCUCGUCCUGAGCAAGAUCACCGACCCGAAUCUGAAGAUGUUCCUCAGCCUGGAGCUUCGGCAGAUGGCGCGGCAGCGGGAGGAAAAAGCGGCUGCUGAGAAAGCGGCCGCGGGGAAGCCAAAGACACCGCCCUCGAAGUAGUACAAAUGUCCUUCUCCCCUACAUAUAUCUAUCUAUCUAGUUAGGACCAAAUUUGCAGUAGCUCAAAUUUACUCUUGUACUUAACGUCUAAGAACAAAAAAACCUCAAAAUAAAUAUUUAAGAGUUGAGUAUUCCAA